UUCCGUAAACACAAGGCACCUGCAACACAUGCAUGCUGUUCUUUUUUUGAAGGUUGUUUUUUUACGUUAUUAAUGCAUCUUGAAUGUAUAUGAUGUCUCAUACUGGAUCCUCCUGUAGGAUCUUUCAUGACGUAAAAAAACAUUGUGUGGGUCAGCGUGGAAGAACCGGUAAAGAUGACUCUGCUGACAAAAACUCCAAAUCUGUGAGCAAUCACUCCAACAGUCGAGAGAAAAGUGUGAGGGAGCGUGUGUUAAAGAAGGUAGGGAUCACUAGCACCACCUUCAUUGGUCCAGCAUUUCCUCCUCCAAAACCAACCAAAGUCAAGUCUGACAUUGAAGACACACUGAGUGAGUUUUACAAAGAGCUUGAGAAGAUCGAUACACCUGAUGGUGCUAAUAAUAAUCCAGGGAAACAACAUUCUCAAACACCCAUUACUCAAACAACAUCUACCAGCAGAGGAACUCAGGAUACACGUGAGGAAAAUGUACUUUAUACAAGCAGAUAUGCAGAAACAGAUGGCUGCCACAGAAGCAGUGGGCAGAAACAGCCACCCUGGUCACACUGGUAUCAAAAUGAGCCAUAUCCCAGAAGACCAAGGCCACCUGCUCCUUCUCAAAAUCAAUGGCGUUAUCCUCAAACACCGAACAGACCAACAAACCCAGGCUUUCACAGACCUCCAUUCCAUCGCCCACCACCUCCAUCUGCAUUCCCAAAUCCACAAAACCCACCGCCACACAUGGAUCAAAGCUGGCGAGGUUCUGGAACAACAAACCAGUCUGAAGAUGAGUCCCAUUUUCCAACAUUUUCCAGCUCAGCACCUUCCAAUGUAAGCAGUCACCCCUCUCAAGGCUUUUAUGGAGAUUCUCUACACCACUUUGACAGGGAUGAACGGGAUUUAAAACUUGAUGUACACUCUGAUAAUGUAAAUGGUGGAUGGUCCAGAGAACGAAAAGAAGAAUUGCGUCAGUUUGGUGAAGAUUAUGACAGUCACCAGAGAUUUGAUUCAGAACAUGAACCGUGGGCGAGUCACUGCCGACCCCCUGCCAACACGGACACACACCCUCCUCCCUUGGUGCUGAUCUUGAUGAGGGGAUUACCAGGAUCUGGGAAAUCAACACUUGCCAGACAGCUGCUCUCCACUGGUCCCAGUGGGCUGAUACUGAGCACAGACGACUUCUUUGCUCACAGAGAGGGGUACAACUAUGAAGCACGUCUUCUUGGAGAAGCACAUGACUGGAACCACAACAGAACUCAGGAUGCUAUGCAUGAUGGCCGAUCUCCCAUCAUCAUCGAUAAUACAAACGCCCAAGCUUGGGAAAUGAAGCCAUAUGUAAAAAUGGCCCUGGACAGAGGAUACAAAGUGGACUUUUGUGAACCUGACACCAGCUGGAAGUUUGAUCCUUUUGAGCUGGAGAAGAGGAACACGCACGGUGUACCAAUGGAGAAGAUUGCACAGAUGAUGGAUCGUUUUUCAUUUCCCGUAUCUGUAGACAUUGUGAUGAAUUCACAAGAGCCGCCUCACGUGAACCAGAGACGCCAACCAGAGCAGCCACACGGGAUGAGAACCAGAGACUUCCAUUAGUUUUUCACAAUAACUAAACCAGCCAAAUGUUUUUACUUGAAGACCAAACUUUUUCAGUGGUGUGAAUAUUGUUAAAUUCCUUUUUUAUGUGAUUUUAUGAAGCUAUAUUUUUGUAUAUUCUAUAUACAUGUAAAGAAAGAUUACUUAUUUUUUCUGAAGAGGUUUUCAGAAUUACAUAUUUACAUGAACCAUCUUUGAAAGGAAAUGUGCAUUAUUUUUGCAUUUUGUAUUUGAUGGCUGGUUUUUCAGAACAGUCCUUUUUGCAGUACAAUAUUCAACAUGAAAAGGCUGUUCUUGCUGCCUCCCUGUUGUUUUCCUCUGGUCUUAAUUGGUUACCAGUUGGUUGUUAAGUUUCUGUUGACUUCUGAUUCCUUGAAACUGCUAGAAAAGAGGAAAAUAAUGUGGCGAAAUGUCCUUAAUAAACAAAUGUUAUUUUCU